UCGGCAUUAAGCAAUCCGCAACGCAUGGCAGCUUAGGUCAUCCACCCGUAAACACCACCUUUGAUCACGUCAGCCCUCAGGCAGCCAAGCCGAUACCCCCAAGGCUGAACUUGCAAACAAUAAGAGUGGCAGUUAAGCUUUGCCAUUAUGACCCUCAACCGCUUUUCUAGAUCGUUGGUCGCUACGUUUUUUGCCUGGGUUGUUGAUGGCCAAUUGAGCCUGCUACCCUGCCUCGUUGGUUGGAGCCUCCGAGGCUGAGCACCAUUGUGGUGUGGCACGAUUGGCAACAUCUCGAACGAAAUGGACGGUCAGAAGCCGCUCACAACCAACGGGGGAUUAUGCCUUGGGCAUCGGGCAGACUGUGACUCUUCAUUCUUGACAUUAUCAAAACCCAUGAACAGCUGAAAAGAUACCCGAUUGCCGUCCUCUUCAUCUCCCUUUCCACUUCUGAUACCCGACCUCACGCACAGUUACGCUUCCGAUACCCCAGCUGGUUUCACUUGACUGUGCCUGAUUCCACGGCCAUGACUGCGAACAAGCUUGAUAAUGAAGGCCACGAGGCUCAACACCUCGAUGUUUCUCGCUCGACGCUCAACCAAAUCAUCACUGGGGUUAUUGCGGCUACAAAAGUGUCUGAAGGUAUUUCAGACCACGCACGAUCUAUCAUAUCAAACACCGGGCUCAUCAUCCAGCCGAAGAGGGACACUUUUACGAUAAGGGAAUGGCUCGACAAUGCUGUUCUUCAAAUCAAAGAUAACUCACCCAAUUCGCAAGCAUCAUGGCAACUGGUCCAUCUCGCUCUUGGUGGCUCGGUGCUGCGUCACAAGGCCCGACAGGGCCAGCCUAUUGAUGGCGCCGAUCUAGACUUUGUAUGGGGGCUUGUCAGAGACGCAAUUACCGACCCAGUCCUUGCGCCACUUCUACCGGGCGCGUCCCGUAGUGCACAAGGCUUCCUCAGCGUUCCUCUUUGCAGCCUCAUCAAAGACAAUAGGAUUGAUGAGCUUUGGCGACUGCAUGUUUGGCUGCCGGAUGGUCACAGAGGAAACCGUGACUUUGCUAUCCAUUCACACCAACCUUUUGCUCAAAGCUGGAUUCUUGCGGGUGAAGGCCGCGAUCACCAAUAUGCGGUUACAGACCCGGAAGCCAAAGGUGCGCUGGACACGCCAUAUGCCCAAUACAGGAUCGCCUGGAGCGGCACAGGGAAAAGCCACGGGACAGCCUAUGUCCCACAUCAGUCUUACUCCAUCGUCGAGAAUACCGGGAAGAAUGUUCACAUCAAGCAGGUUGAGACUGCGCUUCAUACUCGCGAUAUGAGUUACACUGUUGGAGCCGGUGUACUCCACAGGACCAAAGUGCCAGCAGAUACCUUGCAUGCGACUCUCUUCUACUUUGAUUCCAGCCGAGGAUUUAUACAAGACGCGCCAGUGCUUGGACCUGCGGAUGGAGAAUCUUACAAACAAUAUCGGGACGUGGGUAGCCAGCCACCUUCGUCGCUCGCAAACAUGGUGGAGGUAGUCCGCUCCUUUGAGAGACUGAUGGGAGAAGGACAGCAAUAUACGCAUAGCGGAAAUCUGGAAAUGGCGAUGCGUAACUUCAACAGUGCGCUUGCUUUUUGCGAAUCAGGGGCUGCUUCCGGUGCCAUUCUGAGCGGUGACCGUUACAAACAGUUGGCUUUUACCAAACUCGGUGGUACACACAGACGCCUUGGCAAGUAUGAGCAGGCAAAAGACCUGCUCGAGCAAGCAAUGGCCAUGUCGGCAUCAAGUGAGCUGCGCAUCGAAGCCAGUGGCGAGCUUGGUGUUAUCUAUCAGCACAUGGACCUGAUGGAUGAUGCAAAGCGUGUGCUUCGGGUUCAGUAUGAAACAGCAAAGGAGUUUUAGGCGGAGCACUUCGCGUGCCGGUCGAUCGGAAACCUCGAUACGGUCAACUAGCAACUGUCCCAGCAGCGUUAGGAUGAGUCGUUGUUGUAAUUAGCGAUAAAUUAGCUCCUUGAACGCGUUGAAAGGGCCCAUCAGAUCAAGGAUACAAUUGACUCGCAAGUCCUGGAUGCAUUUACAAGAGAACAGCGAUUGAAGGGUGCGAUAACUUGGGAAACAAUCGGUCUCUUCCGUCUUUCUCUACGCUAAAUGGGGGAUACCUACGGAAGAGUUUCUGAAGAUACUCCCUCAUGUGAAGCGUGAUAAGCGUGGUUUCUGGGUGAUAUGUUACCUCCCCACCACAACCCCCUUUCUUGAUGCGUAUUCGAUGCUAGCAUGCUAUUUUGCUUCAGGACUUUGUCUACGUAGGCCAAGAUGACCCAAUGUCCGGAGUGUCUGCUCUGCCGAUAAUCAUUGCAUAGUGCAAUGCCAUUGUCAGCUUAAGCGACGAUCAAUUAUGCGAGCGGGGCACGGUGUUCUGUUGAAUCCAUGAUGAUCC